CACAAAUGGUAUUCAAGUAAUGCAUUUGCUGACCCGAUAAUUUUACUGAAAUAAACAGAUUUCAUUUCAAGCGGUUCAUUUACUUUAGUGAAGUCCAAUUAAACGGUCAUAUGGCUAGAACCAUGCAUUCCAUUUUCGUUUAUUUUCUGUUUGUUAAACUUAUUUUGGUGGUUAGUUGUGAUCAGUUACUGUUACCAUCAAGUUCUGAAGCUGUUGAGUGUUCAUCACAUUAUUACGACUCGGAUCGUGUCGGAAAGUUAGCUUUCAUAUGUUCAAAUAGUUCGCGGAUAAAUGAUUAUCAUCAUGAUCAGAACUUGGGAUAUUUGCGGUGUACAAACAAGAGUGGCAAUGUGUAUAAAACCCGAAUCUAUAAAAUUCAAUUUGAAAAUUGUGAAAUGUCUAAAUUGGUAGUAAAAUACGAUAUAUUUCAACAAUUUACACAACUUCAAGAGCUAAACAUUUCGUACAUUGGAUUGGAGACACUUGAAAAAGAUAUGUUCACUAAAGCCGGUUAUCUAAAAAAGCUCAACGCAAGCCAUAAUAACAUCGAGGACAUUCCGGCAUUACUUUUUCUCAAUGCGGAUAAUUUGCAAGAAGUUGAUUUUUCUUACAACAAAAUAAAACGAAUGGAUUCUUUUGCGUUAUCAGGUGCCAAAAAAUUGACUAGUGUAUAUUUUUCGUACAAUCAUAUAACAAACCUAAAUGGCCUUGUGUUCGGAAAUGUGUUUAUGCUCGAGAAUCUGAAUCUAUCAAACAAUGAAAUCAAUGAAGUGGAACCGAAAACAUUUGCUGCUUUAAAACAUCUCACCACACUGGAUUUGUCGUUUAAUAACGUUCGAAAACUAAAUAAAAGCGCAUUUGAUGGACUGGACAACUUGAAGAUACUGAGAUUGGUGCAUUUAAGCAACUCGACAAUUGAAAUAUUCCCAUCGGCUUUUGUCGGUCUCGAUAAGUUAUCGCAACUAUAUUUGUCUCAUAAUCACAUUGCAUCAAUCAAUAAGGGCGUUUUUGAGGGACUUCACAACCUGAAAAAUCUAUUUCUUUAUCAAACGUUCAUCAAUGAAUUAACGGAAUUUGCAUUUUCUGGAAUUGAUCAAAUCACCGAAUUGGAUUUAUCGUGCAAUCAAUUGUUUAUUACAAAUAAUCAGAGCCGAACCACCUUUUUGAACAAAGAAACGUUUAAUAAUCUGGUUAAUUUGACUAAAUUGAAUUUGGCAAAUAAUCCUAUCGAAACUCUGAAUAUUGGAAUAUUUGCAAAACUUCAACACUUAAGUCAUUUGAAUCUAUCAAAUACAAACCUGAAGGAAGUUAAAUUGGGAACAUUUUCGCAUACGAGAAAUUUGCAAUUAUUGGACUUAUCAUGGAAUCAAUUGAAAACGUUUGACUUUGCUCAAUUUCUGCCAAAGUAUUCAUCACUUCAUUCACUUUAUUUGAACGAAAAUCAAUUGACCGAACUUGAAGGAUUUACUCAAAUGCUUUUGCCAUCACUGAAGCUAUUGGGCAUAAGCGGUAAUAAAUUUAAUUGCAGUUAUUUGAAGGAUUUCAUGAGAAAAAUUAUGUUGCAAAAUAUAACGUUUAUAAAUGAUUGGACGACCGCCGAUCCGCAUCAAACUAAUAUUCACGGAAUUAAGUGCGAAGACGAAAUUGAUUCUUCUGACAUUUAUGCAAGCACCACAACAUCUACGAUAAUCAAAUAUGAAAAAUACGACGACUUGAAAUUGAUACAAGAACAUUUUUCAACUAGUUUAACUGAAGCAUUUUCAGUUUUUUCACGACAAAACGAUUUGCAUAGCAUACAAUAUUUGUUAAUACUCUUGUGUAUUUUACUUUCCAUGUUGAUUCUUAUUGUUUUAAUAAUAAACCGAAAUAAAAUUUUGAACAUUCGACGAUAUAGAUUUCCAUAUCCUGAUGGACAGUCCAGGGCAUGUAUUAAUUCUGAUUUUGAAGUAUCGACAUUCAACCAAGAUCUUCCAAGAUAGUCAGAGAUAUAUUUUAAUAAUUUUUCUUUUUAAUACUUUUUCUCACAUUUACAUUAAUUUUUACGGACUCAUCAUUUUAUAGUGUUUAUAUUAACAAUAAUA